AUUUAUGGCCUAUUUGCUGACACAGUCGUGGCUUAUGAGGUAGUUCUGGCUGAUGGACGGGUUGUCAGAGCCACCAAGGACAAUGAGUUUUCCGAGCUUUUUUAUGCUAUUCCAUGGUCUCAGGGUACUCUAGGAUUGCUUGUUUCUGCUGAAAUUAAGCUUAUUCCAAUAAAGGAGUACAUGAGGCUGACAUACAAUCCUGUGAAAGGUAGUUUGAAAUAUCUUGCCCAGGGUUAUAUUGAUUCUUUUGCACCAAAAGAUGGAGAUCAAGACAAUCCCGAAAAGGUCACUGAUUUUGUGGAAGGCAUGAUUUACAAUCCUUCUGAAGGUGUGAUGAUGACAGGUAGAUAUGCUUCCAAAGAAGAGGCCAAGAAGAAGGGAAAUGUGAUCAAUAGCUGUGGAUGGUGGUUUAAACCCUGGUUCUAUCAGCAUGCUCAGACAGCCCUUGAACGAGGGGAGUUUUUGGAGUACAUUCCUACCAGGGAAUAUUAUCACCGACAUACAAGAUCUCUGUACUGGGAAGGAAAGCUUAUCAUUCCAUUUGGUGAUCAAGCGUGGUUUAGAUUCCUUCUUGGAUGGUUGAUGCCACCAAAGGUUUCCCUUCUUAAAGCUACUCAAGGUGAAGCCAUCAGAAACUAUUACCAUGAGAACCAUGUGAUUCAGGACAUGCUUGUUCCUCUAUACAAGGUUGGAGAUGCUCUUCAAUGGGUCCAUCGUGAAAUGGAGGUUUACCCUCUUUGGCUCUGCCCACAUCGUCUGUUUAGGCUGCCCGUCAAAACCAUGAUAUAUCCUGAACCAGGCUUCGAGCAGCACAAGAGACAGGGUGACACUUCAUAUGCUCAGAUGUUCACUGAUGUUGGUGUCUACUAUGCACCAGGACCUAUUCUGCGUGGUGAGGUGUUCAAUGGUGCCGAGGCUGUCCGUAAGUUGGAGAAGUGGUUGAUUGAAAACCAUGGAUUCCAGCCACAAUACGCUGUCUCUGAGCUAAAUGAGAAGGACUUCUGGAGGAUGUUUGAUGCCUCACUUUAUGAGAAGGCAAGGAGGAAAUAUGGAGCAAUUGGAACCUUCAUGAGUGUAUACUACAAAUCCAAGAAGGGACGUAAGAGCGAGAAGGAGGUGGCUGAGGCCGAGAAAGAGCAAGCUGAAGUUGAGACACCCGACGCUGAGGUUGAAUAGUUGUAUUAUUUGGCACUAGCUGAAAUUUAUUCUGAGACACUUCGUAGUUGGAUUUGUUGCUAAACUUUUCAGAUGGGCAGAAACACUUGUUUUUCUCCCCCCUUGUUUAAUUUUUGUAGCUUGCAUGAUUUGGCUGUAUCGACUCUAUUGUGCUGCUAACUGGCUAGAUUUGUGUUUGAAUCAUACUUUCGAGUUUCGACUGUUGGAAAA